AUGAAGUCGCUCAGUACUCGAUGCAAUGACGUUUUGGGACGAACUUGGACCAGGCAAUGCCAGGGAAGAUACUCGUAUGAUAUUAAAUUAAAAUAUGGCAAUCGUUUAGUCGAACCAGACGAUCCAUAUGUUAUUCAUUACAUGCCACCGGACAAAUAUCUCAUAACCAUGGGAAAAAGUAAACUGGACAAUGCCGAGACUGUUAUCCUGUCGGCAAAAGGAUUCCUUGAUGAAAACAACAAUAUAAUUGAGAAACUCAAGUACUUGGGCUGCGUGCCAUAUAGAUUCCGCUUCACCGAGGAACUUGUCGCACACUGCAAGGGUCGUGACCGGCCUGACCGAUUGCAAGGUGGCUACGCACACUUUACGGUUCUGAAUUAUGCAGUGCAUGAUUUCAACCGAAAACAAGAAUGGAUAAGUGGAUGGUUUCUGUUGGUUUCGAUAUACAGCAGCUUGAAGAAAUAAACACCGAAAAGCGGGGGUAUUGGCGGCCAUUUACUAGUGAUGAGCAUCGCAAGCGAUUAAGAAGUAUCGAAAACAAAAAUACCGAUUUGGAAAGUUGGUAUUUUCUACCAGCUGAUUCAACCAGUCCUGGAAAACAAAUAAAUUAUUGUGUAUUUG